AUGGAUGCUUUACGUAUUAGUACUGCUGUUAUAGAAACACGUACUUAUAUUACUAGAUUUUUCGGAAAUUUUUUUGCGUCACUACUUUUUAUACAGAAAGAAUUACGUCAAAUAUCAACAGGUCUACUUUUUCUUUUACCUCAUAUAACCAAUAUAAUUCAUUUAUUAUCUUUAAUUUUUGAAUUUAUUGAUAGUCUAUUUGUUAUUCAAAUUUUUUCCAUCCGAUAUAUUUCAAUGUCAAUUUAUUUUAUGGUUACAAAAUACAACACUGAAGGUUUUUGUACAUUUAAUUUUAAUGGUACUUUUCUUAUAUUAGCUGUUUAUGUUAUGCCACCAAUAUAUUUUACUUUUAUUUGUGUUAUACCAACUGGUAUUGUGAUUGCAUGUGGUUGUCGAAUGGUUUAUAAUAUUGGACAAUCACGUAAACGUGUUGCUCAGCAAAUAAUAACACAAAAUCAAACACUUGCGACUAUUGCUGUUCCAAUAUCAAAAACAACUAGUACAAUUAAUAAUGAUCGACGGCAAAACAUAACUACUGAUCUAACACAACUACCAUUUAAUAUUUAUGCUGUUUAUUAUGGCUAUGAAACAACGAAAAAUAAUUUAUCAUAUUCAUUAACACGAUCAUUACUUCUUAUAUGGAGUUCAGUUUAUUUUGAUAUUAGUUUGUAUUUAUUUUGUUGUGCUUCACAACAAUUUCAAAAACAAUUUUUAACAAAAAUUAAAACUAAUCAUAUUCUUCGACGUUCUUCACAAAGACGAAUACCUUUGACAAGAUAUAACUAA